UGAAAACAGGAAGUAUUUUGUACCCUUCCUUUUUAAUAUGGAAAUGGAAAGGACAAGGUAUAUCGAAUGGUUCUUAACUUCUGUAAUUUUUCAAUUUGGUUCUUUGGCAUACAAUAUUGAUAGGGAGGUUUGCCUGGAAACACCCUUCGAUUUUGCAAUGAGAGACGGGUGCUACUUCACAUUAACAAAGGCAAAAACUGUCUUUGAAUCAGGAAUGGGUGAAUGUCCCAUUAAAUGCCAUAUAAAAAUCAAUAACCUGAAAAGGGGGAAAAGGCACCAACUGACAACAAUAAAUAUUAAUUUGAAUCGUUCAGACAAGGAAUGGACGUCGACGUUUACAAGCUGUUUCUAUGAUAAUGUAGAAGAGACAACAAUGGAUAUUACUUGCAAAAGAGAAGCAGAUUUAUGUACGAUAGAUAUGGAUUGUGAAGACCAAACAAAGACAUGCUUAUUGACGGGGCUUAUUGGAGUCUGCGUGUGCAGACCUGGGUAUUUAGGAUUCGGAAGCGAAUGUUUAAGGGGAAAUUUAAAAUUGAAUGAAAAGUGCAAGCGAAAUGAACAGUGUUCUGUAGUUUUUGGUUCUGUUUGUCUGGAUGGUACAUGUGUUUGUAGACCAGGAUAUUCUCCAUUUAAUGAUACGGAAUGCUUUUUGUCAGACAUCUCGGAAGAUUUAUGUACAUCGACAAAGGUGUGUAAAGAUGUAUCUAAGACGUGUAAGUUAACAGGACAAAUCGGCGAGUGUGUUUGCAAUCCCGGGUAUAUAGGAUUCGGAAACACGUGUUUAAAGGGCAAUUUAAAACUGAAUGAAACGUGCAAGCAAAAUGAGCAGUGUUCUGUAGCUUUUGGCUCUGUUUGUCAGGAUGGAAGAUGUGUUUGUAGACCAGGAUAUGGUUCGCUUAAUAAUUCGGAAUGCUUCUUGUCAGACAUCUCGGAAAACUUGUGUACAUCGACUAAGGAGUGUAAAGAUGUAUCCAAGCGGUGUAUGUUAACAGGAAAAAUCGGCGAGUGUGUUUGCAAUCCUGGUUAUAUAGGAUUUGGAAACACAUGUUUAAAGGGAAAUUUGAAACUAAAUGAAACGUGUCAGCGCAGUGAACAAUGUUCCAAUGUGUUUGGUUCUAUUUGUCACAACGAGACCUGUGUCUGUACUCAAGGAUAUGUUCAACUGAAUGAUACAGAAUGCGUUUUGUCAUCCAUAGACGGUAAUUUACAAGCACGUUUCCAGGAUCUGAAAGAAAAUAACAUAGCCGGCUUAACAGCUGGAUCGGUUUUUGGUGGCCUUAUUCUCGGUGUUGCUCUGACGGUGAUCGCUUUGACAAUCUUUCUUUAUUUACGACGUGGGAAAAAUAAAGAGAAAGAAUGCUCGAAGGUUGCUUUGUAUAACAACACUUCUCAUGAAGCUGAAAUAGAUGCAGACCAGAGUAUUCCUGGCAUUCACCGAACAAAUGAGAAAAAGACUGUGAACGUUUCACCAUUUGCUAAUUCCAUCGGCUUGACAACAAAGAAAAACAUUCAAGAAAGCAAAACACGGUCGAUGAUGCAUAAUGACGUAAAUGAUGACGUAUACAGCCAUCUGCAUGAAAAAGACGCGGGUCCUGACGUUGAUGAAACCUACGACCACGCCCAUGGAAAUCCCAAUAAAUUGAUGGAAGAAAGCGACUACAGUUAUCUCAAUACGGGAAGAAGAAAUGAAAGUCAUGAUAUUUCUGUUUCUGAGAAUAAUGAUUAUGAUUUCCAAGAACCGGUUGGUGAUUACUAUUCAAAUAAAAGAUAGUGAAAAGACACAAUUCAUAUCCAUUAGCAAAAA